UUUAAUAGCGUCGGGGGCCGACAUUUUAAAUAAGAUUGUUUUAAGAUUUAAAAGGCCAAGCCCUAUGAAAAACAAAUAUUAAACGCAUUUGGCUUACAUGUUUGCAGUGCAGAUAAGAUGCCCAAAAAUAAGAAAAAGAUGAACGCUUCACCAGAGCUGGAAGCGAUAUUAGCUGAACCUAUUACGGAUGCGGAUAGACUAGCCGAAUAUUUGAAGCGCAAGGCGGAUGAGGUACCAAAGCAAGACAAUGUGCGUCUCUUUGGAGAUUUCUCAAUUGAUUUGAGUUUCGAUGUGCCUCUGAUAAAAAAACCCGAGGAGCCGAAACCAACAGAAGCACUAGAUGCACAAAAACCAAACAAAACGCAUCUGCAGGAGUCAGCGCCCGCUUCGGACGUACCAGCAGCUGUACCUUGUGAUACUGAACCACCCUUACAGCCGCCCAGAGCCGUUAGCAUCUCCCCAUCACGGCGUAGUGCCAGCAAGGUGCCUGGUUCAGAUCGUUUGCGUCGUGUUGCUAUCAGGAGGCGCUCCCAAAGCUGUGGUCGUCGUCAGCUGCUUAAAGAGUUUGACAAUGCUGCGUUAGAUGCGCCUAUCCCCAGUUCGCCGGCUUUUAUUCCAACAACGAGCAGUACGCCAGUUGAAAACAAAAAGCAGUCACCAACCCAGAAUGAACUUCAUCACGAGGCAGUACCCAAUAGUGAGCGGGUCCCUGAGGCAGAAAGUGAUCCAAAUAAUAUGUUUACAAACCUUGCCCAAUUUCGCCGCGAAGUGGAAGCCACGUUUACAAAAUCUUUUAAUCCGAAUCUUACCCAGGGAUCUUGUUGUCCGUGUUCACCGCAAAGUGCAGUUAAGCGGCGAACUUAUACCAUUGAAAAGGAGAGCAACCUUGCUGAGACAAGGCUUAGCCGGUCAAGUUCAAACCUCAACGCGACAUCUUUGAGGUGUGCAAAGCAGACAUCAAUAAAAACGCCAAUGGUGCGACUGCGGCGCGUAAAUACUGAUAUGGUGGUGCCUGAUACGCCUCCAGUUCCAGCACCCCGUCGCCGUCAGCCUCUCCCAUUGUCACAGCCGGAGGUGGAGGUAGUAGUGCCGGAAACACAACCACAAGAACUGUCCAUGACUGGCAGUCAGUCCCAGCAACUUGGCGAAAUCAUACAGAAUCUAUCCCGACAUACUAGCCUACCCCUAGUAGUUAUUCCUAUCAAUACUCAAAGCCCUAGAGCAGAUGUAGCGAUUGACAAACAUUUGAAUAAGGACGAACCGGUUGACACAGACAGUCGGAGUAUUCAAACAUCAAGUCAACAAAAGGUGCCCGCUCUUAAAAAGGAUGCUCCCGAUUGUGGGGCUGACUUAGAGCCAAUUGACGUUAUCAGUCGCAGCAUUCAAACUACGAGUCAGCAAAAAGUGGAAGAUAUCGAUAUUUUGACUGACGAUGACAGCGACGAAGGAAGCGACAGGACUGCACCUCUUAAUCUAGCCCCACCCGGAGGCAAUACGACUAGACAAAAACGCAAGCUUAAUGCCAAUUACCGCAAACCUACCGAAAAUCAGGAAAAUUCCAUGCAGCUACUGAAUCUACAUCGAACCAAUUCUGAUCGACGCCAUCGAAAGGCAACACUUGCGUCAGUUUUAAAUAAGGCACCCUGUACGCCCAUCAAUGGAGAAAAAUUUGCAGGCGAAUUGGUCCGGAUGAGUAACUAUGAGAUUCUAGAUCUGCGAAAACGAAAUUCAUUGGGCCUCAUUUAUCCCUUGAAUGGACAUCGAAAGCAAAAUUUGGAGCAGCAAGCGGCCUUAGAAGAAGGUAUACGUUUUGAGAUAAUGCGUAGGAAUCUAGAUGCUAGUAAAUCCGAAGAUUUGCUCAGCGAUAAAACUCAGGUUAAGGAAGUAACGGUUAAUGUUUCCACAUCAAUGGGUCCACCACCUACAGCUCUUCAACAGAAACCGAGACGUAUUUCGUCCCGUUCACGGUCACGACGUCAAAAGCAACCCAUAACCAAAGAACUGGAAAACUAUAUGGCUCUUGAGAAAACCAUGCAAGAACGUAUCAAGUCACGAAGCACUUCCAAGCGGAGCCUUUAUACCAAAGGGGAAUCAGAGACUGAGGACUACUCUUCAUCCCCAGAAAAGCAAAGAAGAACGAGUUUGAGUUGUAGAGACUCUAUGUCAGGGCCUGAAAGCGACGAAGAUGCGAACAUUAUUACUACUGUUGUAGGUUCGCAAUCUUUGCAAAAAGCUGAGAACCAAAAUCGCUUAUCCCAUAAAAGGCGAGAGAAAUCCACAAACAAGACGGUCCCAGAACAGGAGACAUUACCAAUACUUCAAACAGAACAGCAGGUUCAAGCUGACAGAAAUGAACCUGCUGAUGCUAGUAGAGCAGUAGCUCCUCCACCAGACUCCAAUAAUGGUGAUGACGACGAUGAAGAAUUGGGGCACAUAACAAGUCAACAUCAUCAAAACGAAGCUCACUCUCCGCAUGGGUUAUCUGCAUCUCAUUCGAGCAGCCCUAAUAAGAAUAAUUUAAACCAACAAAAAGAAAAUGGGAAGGCCCACACUUCUUGUCUAUCUAAGUCAUCACGAAACAAGGAUCCGGAAAUAGAAGAUUUACCUAACAAUAGCAAAGAUGAAAAUGAGUUGCAAACAACACACAAUAAUUCAAACUCUAUUCGUGUCCGUAGUCUAGAUGAACUGAUGGCACAGUCUCCGGAUCGAUCACAAUUGGAACCGAAAUCUCCUGACUUUGAAAAACAAAUGCCAAAACGCAUGAGCAAAACUAAAAUACAGAAUACUACAAAUAAGGAGAAAACCAAGGGGUCGGCGUCUAAGAAGAAAUCGUCGAAUUCAUCGACAUCGCAGAAGAAACUGGUGUCGGAAAAUCAGGGUGUGUCUCUUGCAGACAACGCCACUGAGGAUGUGCAAAUUGAACAUAUGGAAGCUCUUCGAAUGGAUAGUCCUCCACCACAACCGAAUCUAGAGAAUGAUCUGCUGCUUGAUGACGAUCAGCCUAGCACAAGCAAAGCUGCACGUGAAGCACUGCAGCGUUGUAAAAGUCAACGGGAACAACAGGCAAAGGCGACAACGAAAAACGAUGCGGUGAUAUUCAAAAAACCGUUGGCGCCGGCGCCACGAGCCAAAAAAAAUAAAACAAAACUUGAAAGGCAAUUGGAUAAGCUUAAGAUUAAUAUACCUUUGAACGGAACAAUGAUGACAAACUUUAUGCAAAAUCCAACUGAGCAACAUGAUACAUCCAUUCGCAGAUCAAAGCGAGGUCAGGUGCCGUUGCGAAAUAACUUUUGCCAUACCAUCAAAGAUCUCACUUUCGUCCGGUGUUCUUUUCAAGAACAUAUUAUAAAAGCCAAAACCACUAAAAUCACUAAACCGAAAAAUCGUAGCAAAGAGACAGAAAGCGAUUGCAUUAUGACCAGACCACCGUUGUGCUCUAGCACACCUUGUAGUGUGGAGCCUCCAGUUAUGAACCAAAAGAAUAGUAAUCAAUCAUCGAAUGCGCCGAUACAGUCUCCAAGCAUUAUCAGCUUAGGCGUAGCUCCGUUUUCUGACCAAGAGGAUAACUAUUCUGAGCCAGCGCCAUCAAGUGGUCCAAUCAAAAGAAAAAAGGGAAAGAAAACUACACCAAAACAACCGGAUGCAGGAAAUUCUGUUCCUGAAGUUCAUCACGGCACAUCAAAAAAUGUGGAAGUUGCGACACAAUCAGAUCCACAGCUUGAUUUACCAAAUGGAACAUCAAAUGUCGAUCGAUCGGCUAACCAGUUUACAUCAUGGCUACAUGGUUCAGAAACUCUAGACACUACUAAUCAAUUAAAUAGUCUCGAUAAUCAUGCCUCAACAGUAAAAGAUUUGGUCUUCAAAAAUUUGGAAGGUAUUGACUAUGCAUUUUACAACACCGCUGAAAAGACUAGCUUAGGGUAUAUGCGAUUCAAACCGCAUCAGAAGCGCGACAAGAAACGUUCCAAAACAACAACAAUGAAAUUUAUUGUACAGUAUGGGCAGUUCGCCAUCGAGACCAUAUUUGGUGAUGGCAGGGAAUCAGAGUCGGUCGUCCUACGACACGGUGAAAUGAUUGAAAUUGAAAAUGGCACAUACUAUUCCAUAACAAAUAUGCUUGAUAUCGUCGGCGUAAUUAUGUUUAUUCGAAUUUAAUUGCAAAUUCAUAAUCAGCAUAACAAAGUUUCAUAUCAUACACACAUAACUCUAGUCGUACACAGAGUUAGUUGGAAAUGUGUAAUGUUUAUUAAUUUAUUUUUUUUUUUUGUUUUGUGUAGUGUUUAUUGAUGUUAAAACUAUAGGUAUAAGUAUAUGAAGUCCCAAUGUUUAUAGAAAUUUUUGUUUUAUUAUCUCGUAUUAAAGUAACAAAUGAAAACUGUAUUUAUGUAAGAAAAUUAUGACCGAACUAUUUGUUAUCCUAUAAUUACUGUUGAAAUCUUAAGUUUACUUUAUGUAUUCACAAUAUUUUGCAAAAGAGAAACUACAAUUUAGUUACAUUUUGAAAUAAAACAUCACAAAAGAUGAAAAGAUUACUGUAUAACAAA